AUGGCGAACACGAGAGAGACGAAAAGAAGUAGCAGCAGCAAUGUGAAACCUGUGAGGAAAUGGAAGAGAGCUCAACAAUAUAUGGUCUUUGCUUUUCAAGACAGUCCUGACUAUCAGAUCAAGUUAGUACCUAAGAGGAGACGACCACAUGCAGGGCAGAAUAUUGGCGGCACGCUUACGUCAAAAGUACAAGGAGUGUGGGAGACUUAUACUCAGUUCCCUAUUGAUGCAGGGGUUCAACCUAUAUUUCCCAUCACCUACAAAGGAUUUCUUCAAGACUUAGCUGCAUUUGUUAAGGCUAGCUCAACAGAUCCCUGCCUUAAUGGUUCUGUCUUUCAGAGCAACCUGGUUUUUCUUCAUCUAAACGUGCUUCAGGGUUAUCAUCCUAUCUCUGUGUUCAGUGAAUCUUCAGAGGCUUUCCUGGACUUCUUGAAGGGGGUCCAUCUUAUGAUUCUGAUAAUCGCCUUUGAUGAACUUCGGACAGACUUCAAAAGCCCAAUAGAUCAGUGCAACCCAGUCCACGCAAGAGAGCGACUGAGAAAUAUUGAGCGUAUUUGCUUCCUCCUGCGAAAGCUGGUGUUACCGGAGUACUCUAUCCAUAGUCUUUUCUGCAUAAUGUUUUUGUGCGCUCAAGAGUGGCUCACACUGGGGUUAAAUGUUCCUUUGCUCUUUUAUCACUUCUGGAGGUAA